AUGGCGGAGGGGAGUAAACGUCAGGCUUCCGACGGCGAUCGAAGCCUUGAAGCUUUGUGGGCUGCUCACAACAGCACCACAAAACAACUAGAAGAGCUUAACGCCGCUUUCUACAGUUUUUCCUUGUUUUUCUUUCCCUGUUUUUGUUUGCAUGUUGUGUUCGUUGGCCAACUCCCCGCUGCUGCACCAGAUUUUGGUAUCAGAGCUAGCAUUUGGUUCCAAUGGCGUAAGCGCCAGGCUUCCGACGGCGAUCGAAGCCUUGAAGCUUUGUGGGCUGCUCACAAUAGCACCACAAAGCAACUAGAAGAGCUUAACGCCGCUUUCUACAGGUUCACAGUGGAAAUGCGGAACAUAGUGCAGCCGAUUCCUCCAGUUCCUGUUCCAGCUUCAGUUCCAGUUCCAGAUCGCCGCCCUCCGUUUCAAAAUCCAAGACCACCAGUUCCACGGGAUACGGCUCGGAUUGGUCGCAAUCAACGACGUCCUCCCACACCGACACCGGAUCUUUCCGAAUCCGAAGACGAGAUUAAUGAUGAGGCGAACAGAGACUGGCCCGAUUCGGGUGAAGAUGAAGUAGACGCACUUCCGGCGAGACACAGGGGUCGCGGCUACCCUCGGCACCAAGGGCAGAAUGAUUUUCGUGUUAAGCUCGACAUCCCGUUUUUUGACGGGAAGUUACACAUUGAGGACUAUUUGGAUUGGGAGCGGGCCGUCGAGACGUUCAUUGACUAUAUGGAAAUCCCACCUGAGAAACAGGUGAAGUAUGUAGCCUGUCGGCUGAGGGGCGGAGCUAGCGCAUGGUGGAUGCAAAUUCAGCAAUCACGCAGGCGAGAAGGUAAGGGACCGGUACGAAAUUGGUAUCGAUUGAAACAGUUAUUGAGAGGACAUUACCUUCCGACAGACUAUGAGCAAAUGUUAUACCAUCAGUACCAGCAUUGCGCACAAGGUAGCCGAUCGGUCUCUGACUAUACGGAGGAAUUUUACCGUUUGAGCGCACGGAACAAUCUUAAUGAAACAGAAAACCAGCUAGUUGCUCGUUAUAUUGGGGGGCUCAGGGAUACAAUUCAGGACAAAUUGGAGCUCAACUCAGUUUGGUCUGUGUCGCAAGCAGUUAAUUUCGCACUGAAGGUUGAAUUACAACUACAAAGGCACUCCCGUACCCAAACCACCCGUCGGUUUAUGCCUGACAAUCGACUGGACUUCUCUAAAUCACCUACUGCUUCCUCAAAGACUUCCCAAGCUGCCACGCCACAAACGGGUACCGCUAGUGCCAAUGUGAAGGGACAAGUUCCAACCAAGACACCUACUCGCGAGAAUACGCGUGAUAAUCCAUACGCCAGACCCACUACAUUAAAAUGCUUUCGCUGUUUUCAAUCAGGACAUAAGUCCAACGAAUGUCCGAAUAGGCAACAAGUACAAAUGUUAGAUGGGGAACAAGAUGGGUCCGCGGCGCAGGUCGUGACCGAGACUGAUGGCGAGGAAGAAAUUUUACAAGGUGACAGUGGAGAGCCUCUAAUCUGCAUUUUGGAAAAGCUGCUGCUCACACCGCGAACUAUGGGGGAUUCACAGCGUAAUGCACUGUUCCGUACCCGCUGCACCAUUAAUGGGAAAGUAUGUGACCUCCUUGUUGACAGUGGCUGUACCGAGAAUAUCAUUUCUCGCAACGCCGUUACCGCCCUACAAUUGAAAACAACUAAGAAUCCAAAUCCCUAUAAAAUUAGCUGGGUAAAGAAGGGCAUGGAAAUCGGCGUAUCGGACAUGUGUAGAGUUACAUUUUCUAUCGGAAAACACUACACCUGUGAGGUGUUGUGUGAUGUAUUGGAUAUGGACGUUUGCCAUUUGAUUCUGGGACGACCCUGGCAAUUCGAUUGCGGCGCUAUAUAUGACUGUCGUGCAAACGUGUACUCUUUUGACUGGAAAAACAAAAGAAUCAAAUUGUUGCCUGGAAGAAAUAAUACUACUUCGGCUACCAAAAAUGAGAAAGCAGCCAUUUGCAUUAUUCCUGGAUCUGCCAUGAUACAAUGUCAGAUCGCCAAGUUACCAAUUCUAGCAUUGAUGGUUACCGACAAUACCAAGUGUAGCAAGAGCAACCCGCCCCCAGCUCAAAUCCAAACCGUUCUAACAGAAUACCAGGAUCUCUUACCUGCGGAGCUUCCCACAGGUUUGCCACCUAUCCGUCAGUUGCAGCAUCAAAUUGAAUUCAUCCCAGGAGCCAUAUUACCGAAUUUACCCCACUACCGAAUGAGCCCAAAGGAGCAUUCCAUUCUCCAGGGAAUAGUGGAUGAGCUGCUUCAAAAACAACUCAUACAACCAAGUAUGAGCCCUUGUGCAGUUCCCGCCUUGAUUGUGCCUAAGAAGGACGGACAAUGGCGUAUGUGCAUCGACAGCCGCGCAAUCAACCGGAUAACAGUUAAGUAUCGAUUCCCGAUGCCUAGAAUUGAAGAUUUGUUGGACAAGCUUGCGGGUGCCACAAUUUUCUCAAAGCUAGACUUGCGAAGCGGCUAUCAUCAAAUCCGAAUUCGACAAGGCGACGAGUGGAAAACAGCCUUCAAGACUAAGGAAGGGCUUUUCGAAUGGAAAGUGAUGCCAUUUGGGUUGUGUAACGCUCCAUCGACCUUCAUGCGCCUUAUGAAUGAGUUGCUCAAGCCGUUUCUAGACAAUUUCUGUGUCGUUUAUUUUGACGACAUACUGGUGUAUAGCUCUUGCCUUGAGGACCAUUUGAAUCACCUGAAACAGAUUUUUGACUGUUUGAGAAGUAACAAACUGUUUUUAAAUGAAAGCAAGUGUGAGUUUGCUGUUCAUGAAGUCCACUUCCUUGGAUUCAUCUUGUCUGCUGCUGGAGUUCAUAUGGAUCCCAGAAAAAUUUCGGCUAUUCUUGAAUAG